GCUAAGCAAAAGAAAAAGUUAUCGCAUUCAGCAAAGUUGUUUACAAGCUUUGUCCGAAAGCUGUUUUGUAUCUCCAAAGUGGAUGGUAUCACUGGAGAUUCAGUUCUGCAUGGAUAUCAUCUUCUACAGCGUUUCCACAUCAUUUGUGCAGAUAUAGUAUUUGUUUCUGCCGUCAAAAAACCCGAGAUAUUCGCUGGAGGUCGGGGUCCUCUGCGCAAAGGUUGUGCUCGUUCGAGCCCCGAUUCCUGAUAAGACAAAAUUAUCUUUUCCACAUUUUAUAUUUAUUUCUUUGUCGAGGAAAUAUGUCCCAACAGAUUGGUGUAACUGUGCCAGAUUCGGAGACUUUGAGCUCUGAAAAGUCCAAACGCUUUACGGUAAGUAAGCUACAAAUUGUUUUCCCCUAAUUGAAUUUCGCUUUAUGAGCUUCGCUGUAACCGUUGUGUUGGAAGUAUUUCCUUGUUGUGUUUGCUUUGUUGUUGGAAGUGAUAGCGUUGUCAGAUUAGGGCGAAAAACAAGAUAAUCCCGCUGUUUACAAGUUUUUUCUAUUCAUGGAUUAAUUUAGGUCGUCUUCUUUAAUACUGCCAAUAGGUCGCGAUAUAAUGUUCACGUAUUACUCUCGUUUUCUGCAGAAAAUAAAUUAUUUCUUAUUAAAGUGUAUCUCAAAAACAACUUGUGCAUGUCUGGAAAUCGACUUCGCGAUCACCGAUAUGCUUGGAUUUAUCGCGCCUCAAAUUAUUCUUGCUAUGUUUAUUCAAAUGGUACAGUUAAUCUCAAAAAUGCAUGUAUUUUGCUUAUUUUAUGCCUGUAUAAACCACAAACGUUUGCUUUGUAUGGUUGACAAGGUUUUUUAGAGGUAAAUAAAUUGUUCUCGAUUGAAAUUUACUCGUUACGAAUCAAGCUUUUUAUCUCAAUAUUGCCAAAAAAUAAAGUAAACAACAAAAAUAAAAUAAUUUAGAAAAAUGGACUUUUGUGGUAGGUGUAUAUUGAGGCCCAAUAAUUCUCCAGGAUAAUUUCUAUCAUUUCUGAAGCCUUUCACUGGUGGUAAAAAAUUGUGUAGCCUAUAUCAACAGAGUUUAUUACAGUCUUAAAAUUUAAUAUGUGCCCACACCCCUCUAACCAAAUUUAAAAGUUUACUUGCAUACGGUGGAACCUUGAUAUAACCGAAAGGGCCAGUGGACUGACAAAAAUUAAUAUGUUUGUUAUAAGGAGGUUUCAUUAUAUCGAGGUUCUUUUCCUUUUUAUAUACUUUACCGGGGCAAGGAAUAUCGUUCAUUGUACCAAGGACUUUGUUUUAUAGAUGUUCUUUAAAUCAAGGUUCCCUUGUACUGAAUUACUGUAUCUCUUAUUACGAAGGUUUACAAAGUUCUUGUCAACCUCCCAGAUGGCAGAAGUUACUUCAUUUUUCGAAGAUACAAUGAAUUCUAUAAUUUGUAUGAAAAGGUAGGUGGAUUACACUUGAACCAAUUUCCUUGCAGGCUUGGGUGCAUAACAUUUUCUAAAAAAUUUUGUUACAGAAUUUAUGUGAUUGGCUUUCCUUGCAUAAAGAGAUUCUUUGCAAUCUACAUAUUCUAGAGGUCAGUCUCAUCAUCAUCAUCAUCAUCACCGGCAUACGGGAAAAAUUUUGUUGGGGGGGCUGAACAUAAUUUGCCCGAAUGAAACUUGUUGGUCACAGAUGCACAAGAUGAUUCUUUUGUGACGUCAAGUUUUCUUCGCCAUGCUGUGAGAGCACAGGCGUUCAAAAUAGUGCAAAUAUUUUCGAUAAAUCGAGAUGAACAUUUCUAAAAUACAAAACCAUGAAGUGCGAGAUAAAACGUACCCAUUUGAACUCUAAAAGAAGUAUGAAGAACGAUUACUUCGACACCCAAAUAUAUCAAUAAUCCUUUGCAUGUUAUUCUGCAUUGUCUUGUUUGCAUACUUUCGUUCAAUGUUAAUAACGGCGAUACUUCACUUUUCGGAGGCUGGGAACAAUUCGGGAAUGAGCUUCUACAUAGUCGAAGUCGAAUUCUUUCUCGCAUUCUUCACAUUUCACAUGGUAUCGAUAUGAUCUUUUACGAGACUUCGACAAAGACAUACUUCAAUCCACCAGAUUACAUGCACAUGCACUCGAGAACUGACAUAAAUCAACAUGGCCGCCAACUCAUAUGCAGUUCCAGUCCCAGUGUGGUCUUGAUUAUCACUCCCAGCCCCUCGGCAGAACUCAAUGUUCUAACUCCGAGUAAUAACAGCCAUCCCGUGAAGUAGUACAGAGAUCAGUUAGAAGAUUAGGCGAGAUGCGGGAUGAAAACAAAUAAAUCAAGAUAUUAAAUAAUAAAAUACCCUUUACUGUGUCUUUAAUUGCCCGAACAGUACAUCAGUUUUGCCUGAAUAAUACUAUUUUUUUUCCGACAGGGGGGGCUGCAGCCCCCCAGCCCCCCUGCCCCGUACGCUGAUGAUCAUCUUCAUCAUCAUCAAAUAUCAUAUAUCAUCAAAUUGAUCUUGAUUAGUCCUGGACUAACAGGCUAGGGCAUAACCUACACAGGAGGUCUAUGAACCCUCUUUGAAACUUACCCAUGGAUUACUAGUGACCUACAUCAAUUUUCUCGUAACAUUUUCCAUACACCUUAAAAAGAAAAGGGUAGCAGAAUUGAUAAAAUAAUCACCAAGUAUUAAAUGCAUUAAUCCUUCCAGCAAAUAUACGGGGAUCAGUAUGGAGAAUUGGCAUGUGGAUACUGGGGCUUCAAGGGUUAAUUUUGGAAAAAAAAGAAAGAAAAAGGCAAAAAUGAUUUUAAAAAGUGAGAUCUGGGUAGUGACACAUCAUCAGUAUGGAAUUUCUGCACUCGUUGUUCAGACAUCAUUUCACGUGGAAACCAGGGGUGGCGUCACAAAGUGUUGGCUGUUUUCUCAGGCUAGAUUCAUUGGAGCUUGGCUUAACACUAAAACUUUUUUUAUUAUUUUCAGAUGAAGAAGGUAUAUCCUGACAUGAACAUCAAGUUACCAGGAAAACGUCGACUUGGAAACAACUUUGAUCCGGGUAUGUAUUUCCUAUUAAAGCCUCAUAUAAAAUGAAAUAUUUUGGAGACGAAAUGAGAGAAAUACAGAAAUAAGCCUCUGUACGGGUAUUUCCAACAAAAUGGAAGUCAUGACAAUCUCCAUUGAUGAAGGGACAAUCUUAGAGCUUAACACAAUGAUUGCAUUGCCAUUUGUGGAAGUUGGAGCAUUUCCAAGUUUCACAACGUGGUGGCAAAGAGACAUGCCAAAGAUUGUGCUGCACAAUAUGAUAUGUGAGGUUUUCACCUGAAAAACCAAUGAUUUGAUGGAAAAUGUGACAGUGUGACAGAAUCGAUGUCUCAGGGGUGGAUCUAGGGGGAGGGUGCAGGGGGUGCGCACCCCCCCCCCGAGAUGACCUGCGAUUUUCUAAUACAACUGGUAUUCUGCGAAAAAAAAAAAAACUAUGUGGUUUAUUUGUGUUGAAGUAGAGCAAGAGACGAGUGCACCCUUCCCCUAAAAAAAAUCCAGGAUCCGCCCCUGUGUCUGCAGGCACCCUAACAGAGGCUUGGAAAUAGUACACAGUAACAACCAGCUUGUUAUCCUGUUGUCUUGAAAGCUCUAGGCACUGUACAAAACAUUAUAGAGGAAUUUCAAAAUAUUUCCUACAGCCCAUAUGGAACAAAACAUUGUCAUUUUAUCAAGAUGUGGUUUUAAAAUAAUUCUUCCUGGCAACGUAAAAAUUUAGGGCAGUGAUAAUAAUAAUAUUAGUUGUAAGUUAAACAUGUUCAUCCAAUAAUUGUUUCAUCAGAAUUUAUAAAGAUGAGGCGAGAAGGACUAAAUGAGUUUACAAGCAAGAUUAUCAGCCACCCUGAUGCAAUUGAACAGUGAGUACCACAUUUAUUCAAUUAAACUCCGCCCUUGAAUAAAUGCCGCCUUCGAAUAAAUGGAGAAAUAUUAAUAAACGCCACCCUGUAAUAAAUGAUGAUGUGGCCUUCGAUUCAUUCCAAUAAUAGACUCAAAAAGCAAAUGCAGUCAUAAACAAGUUUGAACAAGCCUAAAAAAAUUAUUUUCCUCGAUAAUUUGUAACAAUGUGACAAUUAAGAUCAGUGCAUUAGCGAUUUAGAAGCUCAAAGGAAUAUAAUUCACUUUAUUCACUUUAUGUAUUGCAGUAGUAUUACAUGCAAAUUGUGAAAUUGAGAUCAAUAUAGAAAAUGACUUUUCAGACAAGCACUAAAGCAUAUAUGUUUCUGUUUUUAAAAAUUCAAAUUUUCAGUCACCAUACUAUUGUUUGCAAGAAACAAAUUGGACUUUAAAUAAACGCUGCCCUCAAGUAAAUGCCGCACUUGAAUCACAAAAAAUUUAGUAUACACCGUGGGGUUUAAUUGAAUAAAUUCAGUAUUAGCUAUUUAACAGAAAUUUGCCUAUAAACAUUUAAAAUCUCACUGGUGUUUGGUAUUUCUCUCUUUAGUCCUGAUGUGCGUCUGUUUUUGUCACUGGAUAAUCCAAAGAAUGCUCACAUUAAUGGUGACACAGAGCAGUUUGGAGCUGAUGAGGCUGAUUCACUGGUAUUUUUAAUAUUAUUGUUAUUUUGGAAAAUAUGUAGAUAAAAGACACCUCCCUUCGAGGAUGUUCACUGAAGUUCCCAUCAUACCUUAUCUUCUUCUCGUAUACUUUUUAAACAAGAAGAUGAUUUAUUUAUACUAUCAAACUAGAAAUCAAUAACUUACAGACAAAAACAACAACAACAGACCAAAAGAUACAGUGCUAAUAAAGUAGCUCAUUUUUUCUAAAGCAACUUUGGGGCUAUGAGAAGACUUUCAAGGUUGUAGAGUGAAACCUAAAGUAAGUGGACAUCCGUGGGGCUCUCAUUAAGGGCUGGAGGCCCGAUAUUCCAAUAGAACUGUGAACAUAACUCACAGCCACUUUCAUAGUCCUAAAACAAAAUGAAAAAUAACAGAACAAGCAAAACUUGUUAGUUGUUCCAUUCUCCACUUACUUAUUUUUGCAUAUACCCAGCAAACUGAAAUCUUAUUGUCAGCCCUGUAUAUUGUCCAUGGGACCUCUCGCCCUCACAGUCCCACUCAUCAACAUGGAUUCAUUUUAUAGAACAUACUGGAAGAAUAAGUUUCAGGACUUGUUGAUGUUCAUGUCUGCUGAAUUAAGAGUGUCUCCCAGUCUGCUUAAUGUUAAAGGUUUCACUGUUUUAAAAUUUGAUAACCUAUUUGGUGUUCAUUAGCCAUUUUGAAGAGAUUGAAAAAUGAACGUUUAUAGCACUAGAUAUUUGUCAUGGGUAGAUUUAUACCCUCUGGCUUGAAGCAUCCAAAUUGGUACCCAUUUUUCUAAAACUGUUUGAAACAUUGUCCAUAAAACACAAUGUGAUCUCUUCCAUAACUAAAGCCCUCAAAUUCAAGAAAAUCCAUACAAUACAUUGUGAUGUAAAGCUUUUUUUCCUAUUCUAUUGUUAGGCUAAGGAUAUGAACAGAAUUGAUCUAGGAGAUUCGUAUAAUCAAAAGUGAGUAAAGGGCAACAGAAUAAUACUUGGUAUUAUGGUACCAGUUCCAUUUACAAUGAACUCUUGGUAGUUUAUUAUAACAUACCUCUAUAAAAUAAAUUAAUGUCAUGUCUUCUAGAUUAUCCAGGAAUCUCUCUGAUAUGGCACAAAUCUCCUUGUUUACCCCAUGGGUCACCAAGUCUCACAGAAAAAUAAUAGACUUUUGGUCAUUUGUUUGCUUUAGUUUUUAAUUUAGCCCAAAUUUCCCGAACAUUAAUUUUAACUCCUUCACUUCCAGAAUGAAUAAUGUAGUCUUGUCAGGUAUCUCUCACUUUUGACUUUGUUAACCUAUUCAAAUGAAACCUCUCGGGCAACUUAACCUUCACGUAUUUGAUUUUUAGCAUUAUUUUUACAAAAACAUGAAAGUUGGAGGUUCUUGUUAAUUUUGACCUAUUCCUUGGGAGUGAAAGGUUUAAAAAAUAAAAAAAUAAAGCAAAGUAUGAUUUUGAAUGUAUUUCAUCACCGAUAAAAUUAUCUUGUUAUAUCAUCAUUAUGGGUAUAACAAUGGAAGCCACUGGUUGAUAUUCUGGUCUGAGCCACACCCAAAUUAUGACUUGAGGACUGGGGUGGAAGGGGGGAGCAAUUUGUGGAUAUCAUGGGUGGGGUCAGUUGAUAUUGAGUGGAAGUACUACAAAAGAAACAGUCUCCAGAUUUCAAAUCUGGUCUCAAAAGUUGAGGGAUCAUAUCCCUUACUAUAAGAGUCGACAUUUUAUUUUAGAUUCCCUAGUCCGACUUAUUUUCCUAAACAUAAGUUUCGCUUCACGUUAGUAACAAGUCAACAUAUGAAUUAUGAUGAAAGGAUAUGCUUGAGGAGCUGUAUACUAAGAUAGGUUAAUUGCAGUCAUUUCCAAAACUCAGUCAACAUGUACUUUUAAUAUUUUACCAUUCACAGAGCCAAGCCAAGUGAUUUCCUCUUCCUUAAAGUGAUUGGCAAAGGAAGUUUUGGCAAGGUAAAACUAUCCAGAUUAACUUUUGAACUAAUUUUCCUCUAAAUGUUCAAAUGCUUUGAUCUUUGGAUAUGUUCUUAAAUUUAUCCACUAAAAUUUAUACUACAGUGGGAAAUACAGCUGUAUAGUGAAUGAUUUGGCAGCCUUUUAAUCAGGAAUCACCUAAAAUGGUUUUUCUGCAUGCAUAUGCAUGUUUGAGGCCCUGUUAUAAUUUCUCUGUGGCAGUUUUGAAAAUCUAGAGGAUAUUUUAAGUAAAGGAUUAAGUGAAAGUUAAGCCAGUCAUUUGAUGAAGAAAGUAAAAAUGACGCUAAAAUUUCAAAUUCAAAUAAUGUCGAAUCAAAAAAAUUGAAAUCCUUGAGUAGUUGUGAUCUAAGGUGAGUGUAAUCUCUUAGGCUGCUGACCGUUAUUUCGGUCCUCACAAAUCACUCCUCCUCAAGACUCUAACAAUGGUAAGAAGGGAAUGUAGUGUGAAUACAAUGAGCAGCCAUUUUUUUUUUUUAGUAGAGUAGUUGUGUGAUGCGCCAAAUAAAAGCUUUGUAGGAGCCUAAAACAUGUUAAGUGUUGCAAGGUCUGUUUGUCUUUUCUUUAACUUAAUAUUUUGCAUCUGUUUUGGUAUUUUUUUAGGUCUUCCUUGCAAAGAACAAACAGGAAGACCAGUUCUAUGCCAUCAAGGUUCUCAAUAAAGCGGCAAUAAGAAAACGAAAUGAGGUCUGUAAUUUAUGGUCAUAACAAAAUGAAACGAAUUAACAAACUUACCAGUUAUUAUUUCAAACCAUUAUUGUUUAUUUUGUAAAUUUGUUUUUGGUGUGCAGAAUUUGAUAGGAAAAUAUUAUUCUGUUUCUAUGANUUAAUAUUUUGCAUCUGUUUUGGUAUUUUUUUAGGUCUUCCUUGCAAAGAACAAACAGGAAGACCAGUUCUAUGCCAUCAAGGUUCUCAAUAAAGCGGCAAUAAGAAAACGAAAUGAGGUCUGUAAUUUAUGGUCAUAACAAAAUGAAACGAAUUAACAAACUUACCAGUUAUUAUUUCAAACCAUUAUUGUUUAUUUUGUAAAUUUGUUUUUGGUGUGCAGAAUUUGAUAGGAAAAUAUUAUUCUGUUUCUAUGACGUUUAGAUAUUUUUUAUGCAGUUGCUAAUAACUUACCAAUUAUUAUUUCAAACCGUUCUUGUUUAUUUUGUAGAUUUGUUUUUGGUGUGCAGAAUUUGAUAGGAAAAUAUUAUUCUGUUUCUGUGAUGUUUAGAUAUUUUUUAUAGACUUGCUGAUAAGUAAUAUUUAAGAUUUUUUUGUUUCAUUACAGCCCUUUUACUCCUAAACAUUACAUGUAGAUGUAACAUGAAUUUGUUUCCCUUAUGGAUCAAUGUCAUUGUUUUUCGGUACAUUUUAGCAAAUAUGUGUCAAAUAACAAAUAAUUGGGGCAAUUUCUGUUUUGAGACUUACCAGGUGUUGCAGCUCAUGAUUUUAUUAUUAUUUAGUCUUCCAUUCUAUCCAUGUUUCCUGCAGGCAAAACAUAUUAUGGCUGAAAGAAAUGUGUUGUUGAUGAAUGUCAAGCACCCUUUUCUAGUGGUAAGACUUGUUUAUUUUGAACUAAUCAUUAUUCAAUAAGUUCAUUUUUGUUGUCAUCCAUGGUACUUUUAGUUUGAAAUUUUGGGGCAGAUUUGUUAAAAACAAUAUUUGCAGAAGGAUCAGUGAGUUCAUAUUUUAAGUUGUCAUUAUUAAAAACCAGACAGUCACUGUUUUAAAUGAAGAUGAUUUCAGCACUGCUAUGUGUCCUGCCCAUACCAUUUCUGUGUGAGCAGACAUCGGCUCCAAGCAAAUAGUUGAUCCCUCUCCUAAGGGAUUUUUUCCUUUGUAUUGAGGGUGAAUAUUGUCUUUCUGUCUCAACUGUGGUAGUGCUGUGCUCUGCCUACAGCAACAUAGCCUGUGAAUGAAGACAUUAUUCCAGUCCUAGCAUCUCUCCACUAUUUUUAGGUGGUGAAGAUGAUGACAGAACAUAUACGUUGCUCUAUAGGCUAUACAGCAACAUGGCCUUGUGGUCCAAGAUUGCUAGACCUACAAUCGGAGGCCCUGUCGGAGUUUAAGUCCUACCCUGACCCACUUGUUGCAGUUGUUUCUAAUAGUAGUUCUAUGAGCUCAGCACCUAGGACAAUAUUAUUGUAGAUCAAAAAAAAACUCACGACCUUGUUUGUCUCCUAUCAGGAGACUUUCUUCGCGUUUGUUAAAUGUUUAUUUUAAAAAUUUUAUUUCCCUUAUUUGGGCAGACCCACUAGCCUUUGUGUUUUAUCUGCUCAAGUAAUUAAAGUAAAUUUAACUUUCUUAAUCAGCUUUUUUUUAACUUUUAGGGAUUACAUUAUUCAUUUCAAACCAGGGACAAACUCUACUUUGUCUUGGAUUAUGUAAAUGGCGGAGAGGUAAAGGAUGUUGGUUAUUAAAUUCUUUUUCAUAGCUUGUUAUAAAUAGCAACCAAGAAUUUUAUUAUCCAUUCAAUUAUCAGAGGAAGAAUUUCUGGUAAGGUAUGCUGCUCCAAGUUUGAUUGAGAUCUGAAAACAAGUUCAUAUUGAUGCAAAGACGAAUUCUUAUGUCAUCUUUUCAAUAACAACCAUCAUUACAUGAUUAGUGUCUUUCGACUCACAGCCACUAUUCUGAUCAUUUUUGAUUUCUACUUUUUUUUGUUAGUUGUUCUUUCAUUUACAAAAAGAGAGAUACUUUCCUGAAGCAAGGUCAGUGAAAUAUAUCUUAUUCAGGUGGCCAGUGCUCUAAAAAGAAAGCUAUUAAUGCUGGUUUUGGAUUUUUUCAAAUUUGCGUGUGUAUCAGCGCCUUUCCUCUUACAUCAAGAGAACGGUAGCUUGCUCUUGGCAUUGUCAAGUUCUAAAGCGCGCCGAUUUUCUUCAUCCCUUUACCCCAGUCACUAAUCCCUGCUACGAGGGCUUAGUUAUCUCAAAAGGAAAUGUUCAACUUCUUUUGUACUCUGCAUGGAGUUAUGUAUGAACUUGAAACUUUCAAAAACGUUCGAGAAGUGUGAGAAAAACUUGCGUCUUUCCUUGCUUCUCUGAACACCUUUCUCGUGUUUUUCUUUUCUAAUCUUCUUAAAAAACUGAAGAGUGCACUCAGUGACAGUUACAAUUCUCUUAGCCCGCAGAACGUGUGUCUCUUUUUUCGCGUUUUUUAGGCGAGCAAAGGCAAGUGUCAUGGGAGAAGGCAGGGAAAAAACAACACCUGCAAAACAGGCUCUGUUGUUUUGUCUUUUUCUGGCGUGCACGAAGUGGGCGUGGAGGGCGAGACACGCUCGCGCUCCGCGCCGGCGGCUUUGUGCUCGCCUGAAAAACGCGAACACUCAGCGUUUGUUCUGCAGGCUACCAUUCCCUUAUUAAAUCAAGCAUGCCCAUGUGACAGACAGUGCGUUAUCAUAAUUAUUAUUAUUAUACAUUGUAGUCACCAUCUGUCUUCUCGUUGGCUAACAGCCUACAGUUAAUUCUUGGAAACAGCGCAACCUACAGAUUAUUCACUAAUCUGUACCUACAGAUUAGUGAAUAAUCUGUAGGUUGCGCGCGCAAUGCAUGAUUUCCAAGAGCAAUGUCAAGUGCACGGACAGCAAUGUCAAGUAUGCGGACAGCGAAGUAAGAAUGGCUUCUCGAUUCGUCUCGGUUAGUUUUAUCAGCCUCAGCCUUCGGCUUCGGCUGAAAACACUUACCUCGACCUUGAUUAUUCCGGAUAUUACAAAAACCUCAUCCGGUAAUUGUUUAUAACAUUUUCAUAAUCAGGUGCAUUUGUCUAUCUCACGAAUCACCUCGUUCGCAUUUUCUAACCUAUUAUCUAAUAAAUAAUCUUUCAUGGUAGAAUUGAAUGCUACAUGUCUAUUUUUACUUUAUUAUUUAUUUUAUUAAUCCCUAUUUUUUCUAGGGCGAGAUUCUAUGCGGCAGAAAUAGCAUCAGCAAUUGGGUACCUUCAUUCUCUUCAAAUAAUUUACAGGUUAGGGAAGUUUUUUUUGCAUAAUUAUUUGGUUACUUAUUUUCUAUUUUUCUAUUUUAUUGAAACUUCUUUUUUUCUUCUUACAGAGAUUUGAAACCAGAAAAUAUUCUUCUAGAUGGCAGGGUAAGUGGUGUGUUUUCUUUUUAUGCAUGCGAUAACCCACAGGUAUAUUUAAAGGUGAUGUAUCACGAGACGAUUCGCAACGACGAUGUUUGGCGCAACACAGCGUUGCAACAUUGUUGCGAAAUUGUUUCGAAUGGUUACAACAUUGUCUCAGCUUCGCAACGCUGUGCUGCGUUAAAAAUAGUCGAUGCGAAUAGUUCCGUGUAACAUCAUCUUUUUGGUCUCUUGCCUACUCAUACUUUGCGCUUUCUAUACCCGGCUUCACUAAGGUUUAGGGUACGUUCGAUUGGCCUACUGUUCCAAUUCCGAGAUAGGAAUAUGUGCAGUCGUUUAAAGUAUGGAUUAUAGUGUCUUCAUUUUCCUCGUGUGGUGGCCGGAUUUCACAACAGCAAAGAUAAUGGGGGACUUCUUCGGUGACAGUAAACGGCAUUUACCUGAACGAGGAAGUCGUGGCGCUCCGCAUACAAUGAAAAAAACUUACUGGAGCAGAAACGAAGCCUUUUUGGCAUGUCUCUUUUCAAAAGGAAAGGGAGAAAACUAUUCUUAAAUUUCUCAGUCCGCUUUACCUCUAAUGCAAACAGUUUUCUGUUCUCUUCAAGUUAAACUGUUUUCCACCAAGCAAAAUGUCAUCCAUAUAACAGUUUUCCUGGUGUCAACAAUUUUGAUAGUCGAGAUCAUAUUUGUAAAAGUAUUCUGAAAACAGAAUUUUUUUGUUGUGUUUUUUUUGUCGCUUUGUUGGUUGGUUGGUUGUUUUUAGUGAGGACUAUUCUGGAAUAAUCCAGAAUGUAUUCAUAUUCCAUAUAAGGUCAGUCGAACUCACCCUUAGCUCUGCCGUGCCCUUUUAAACAACAGAAUUUCCGCUUUUGAAUUUUGAAUCCAUUUUGCUGGCUGGUUUUUGCAUAAACCAGAAAAAAGUACAGGGAUAUUAAUAUAAGUUCAUUGAGCCGCAUUUUGGACUGCCAACAGGUGCUACGUUACCCUGGCACCAGAUGUCCGUUUCUUAAAAUAUCCAGGAUAAAAUGAACUGGGUUUCGGGUUUGAGACAGCUUCCGAAACGGUUUUUUUAUCGGUGCGUUGCGCUUCUUUCUUUUUUUCUUCCUAGAUUAAGGAGAAGGAAAAAAGAGCUCUGUCACCCAGGAUAGUGCAACGUUUUACCACGAAUAGGAGCUAGUUGGGCUCCUUGGGGGGGGGGGGGGGGGGGGGGGGGGGGGGGGGGGGGUCCCCCCGGGUUUGUUUGCGUUUUUUUUUCUCUCUCCUUGUGGGGGAGAGACACAUAAUUUGUAAUAUAGGAGUGUGUGGUGCUUUGUGUGUUUUGGUGUUGUUUGUUUGUUUUUUUUUUUUUUUUUUUGUUUUUUUUUUUUUUUUUUUAUUAAAAAAAAAAAAAAAAAAAAAAAAAAAAAAAGGCUUCUUCUUUUGGGAAGUUGGGGGGGGGGGGGGGGGGGGGGGGGGGGGGGGGGGGGGGGGGGGGGGGGGGGGGGGGGGGGGGGAGGGGUGCUCUCCUCGCGCUUUGUAGCCGUCUUUUCGUCCUCAUUCCAGUGGAGAGCCUGUUUACAGGCUAGAGUAAUUAGACACUAGCAGCCAAGAUCGUACAAACGUAGUGAAGGUAGACCACUUCAGAAAAAUGUCUGACCAAAAGUUGAAGAAAGACUAGUUUAUAACUUCGUUGAAGACAACACGAUCUGUUUUCUACAUGUGUCAAUUUUUUACAGGGUCAUGUAGUUUUAACGGACUUUGGUCUCUGUAAAGAAGGAAUAGAACCCUCUGGAACUACAUCGACAUUCUGCGGCACACCAGAGGUAGGAUAAUCUAAGAUAACUGAGGCGCUAUGAACACCAUUCAUAGCUCCCUAGUAAAGGCGCAACCCUCGUUUUCAGGACGUCUUCAUGGAAAACGGGAGACUGAUAUGACGACCGCAAAUCAACGAACACAUCUGGAUUUCACUUUCGCGAUAAAAAUGCUUUCUUGUGCUUGUGAGCUAUUAUACAUGCUCAUCAACACAUUUUUUACUGCUUGAAAUGUUUAAACUGAAAAUCGUACGGAGAAAUCUUUUCAAUUUUUUCAAUUUUUUUUAAUUGUUUGAAAUGAACACUAGUGAGCAGCACAAAGUAACGCGGGGAUCUUGUUUACUUACUUUAUUUCUCCGACGGGUUUCGUCUGAUCACACAGACUUGGUAAUGUUUAAUUUUGUAACGCAGGAUUGUAGUCAUAUCCUGCACGCAUAUUUUGUGGGUGUUUUUUGCUGGUCACACCCUUACAGGAACGUGAUUUUGUCUUAAUCAUUAGGUAUAAAGUUAGUUCCUUAGCUCUAUCUUGUUAUACUUCAUGAUGAAGUCUAUAAUUCGGUAAUUCAAGAUGUUGUAUUUCAAAAUGAAAGACGCUACGGGGCUACAAACGUUUCUAAUGAUUUAUUUCUAGGUCACCUUCAACCAGGUGUCGAUAAAAGUUCAGGGGACCUCGCUAUUUUGAUUUUAGAGUUCGAUGUGGUCGUGGAGAAAACACUCUAUUCACCUCCAAAACAUUGUUCUGUUAGCGAGAUUUUGCGGCUAGCUAUUCACUUGUGUGAUUUUAACGAGAAAAUUUGAGUACUUGAUAAAUAUCUUCUCCUAUUUGACGCCCUAAGUCAAACAUGUUUUUCAGUGUCUUCGAUGCUUAGGUUAACUCUAUGUUUUUGUAUUCAGUACUUAGCUCCAGAAGUUCUUCGGAAACAAGAAUAUGACAAAACAGUGGAUUGGUGGUGUCUGGGUGCUGUCUUAUACGAAAUGAUGUAUGGUUUGGUAAGAACGAUUUUGCACUGCUUCAAACUACUUACUGAUUAAAUAUCAAAGCACCACUUAGACUCGGUUACUGAAGCAACCUUGCUGAUUGCAAGUUGACUCAGAAAGUGAACAACAUUUUAUUUCUCCUUAUAGUAACACUGACUUAAAAAAAGGACUAGAAACGCGCAAAAAGGAUAAAGCGGUCCCUACUAAGCUACUCGCUGGUACAAACAUGAGAAAUUACAUAUGUUGUGGAUGGAAACAGCGACUGCUAGGGCUGUAUCAUUGCUAAAGCCGCAAAACGUCUGUAUACCCUAAGACUUGAAGCUAGAAUGAAGCUUUGAAGCUAGAACUGCGGUGCAUGUAUACGAAGGAAUUUUAGUGUUAAAAGAGGCCUUUACAUAUGCAGUCGAAUAGUGUUUAUGUUGUGGUUAAAUUUCCUUAAUUCAAUUUACACUUUUAAGUAAUUCUAGAUAAUGAGGGUAAAACAAAGGAAAAUUGAAGUCGGAUAAAGGAGAGGAUAUAACUCAAACUGAACCGCACCAUUUAUUUAAAAGGGGCCAGAGGGGUUAUUUCAUAUUUCUCAGACAAGUACACCGUAAAAAAAAAAUUGAACAAAGCAUCUAAAUUAUUAUGUGUUUUACUUUCUUCGUUUUAGCCGCCUUUUUAUAGUCGGGAUACAGCAGAAAUGUAUGAAAAUAUCCUCCACAAGCCUCUUCGUCUUCGGACCAACAUAUCAGCUAGUGCAAGAAAUGUUCUUGAAAGUGUAAGUUUUGUUUUUAUCAUUUUUUAGACGAGGAGAAUGCACUUAGAAACAAAGCGUAUAUCUGUUUAAAACCACGAUGGGUAAAAUGCUCUUCUUUCUGCUAUUUCACAGCUUCUUCAAAAAGACCGCUCAAAGAGACUCGGAGUCGGAGAAAACGGCUUUGUAAGUUUUAAUCAGCAAUAGGCCAAUUCCGAGUUCCCCCGGGCCUCUGUCUCAAAACGAGGUAUUACAAGAAAGGUUGUGCACUUGGCCUCAUUUUGAAAAUGAGGGUUUUUGGAACUCGGAAGUGGCCUUUUCUUUUCGUAAUUAUGUCACGAAGACGUCCUUAGGUGCCCGUCACGCUUUCCUUUGUGGCAAGGCGAGGAACGCGGGACGAAGCCCAACGAACUUUAGCCUGUGUGGCAGGCGUUCGAAAGAGAAGGGAUAAGGGAUUUCAGGUGGGCUAAAUAUUAAAAGCCUUUUGUGUGGUAGGCUAUUCGUUCGCGGUGCCGGCAACAUCAAUAAACAGAUCUGGUUGGUUUUACUGUAUCGCCCACUUAUUUUUAGUACUGAUUGGCCUUUGUUUAUUUAGUUUAUUACUUUUUGCCGUUACUAAAACAAAUCGCUCUUGCAAAUGUUACCGCGCCCCUCCCAUCCCUACACAACACGACUCCCCCCCUCCCCUUGGAAGCCCAUUCACGGGCUAAAAUCAUUAUGUACUGUUUACAAAGAUACUCUGUAAUACUGUGCCUUGAACCUCUUUUUUAGGAAGAUAUCAAGGGGCAUCCAUUUUUUCGAAACAUCGACUGGCAGUUGUUGUAUGACAAAAAAAUUGAGCCGCCCUAUAAUCCUAAUGUGGUAAGUUGGAUUCUGAAACCUCUAAGACUUGAUAAUAUAUAUGACAGUUGGGGGCACGCUUUAGUUGCCUUGACCGUUGUAGAGAGGUUUAAACAAGAGUCAAUGCGUAGACUUAGCAAAACGUUUUUUCACCUACUCUGACGAAGACAUUUAGUAUAGACAAUUCCAAAACUCAGAGCAAAAAUUAAGAAAACGGAACGAAACGAAUACAAGGCUGAUGAAGUCUGAGUGAUUUGGACGAAAUAUUCGUUUCGUUUCCUUAAUUUUUGCUCUGAGCUGUAGAGUUUUCUUUAAAAAUGUAUGGACUGUCCUCCGGGACAAAAAUAGUGGCGGUUGUAGAAGGGUGGGCUUUGUGGAGAGGUAGCCGCUAGUGGAGGUUCGACUUUUGUGUAGCUUUGACUGAAAAACGUGGUUUUAAACGGAUAUUCUUUUGCCCUGUGUUUUACCAAUAGACAGGCCAACUGGACCUGAGACAUUUUGAUCCCGAGUUUGUUCGAGAACCAGUACCAGGUACGUUAUCUCGACAUCUGUGUGGAAACGUUUAUUAGACAAAGUUUAAAAUUCUUUAAGACUGGCCUGGGCUUAGUCGUCACAGGAGGAAAAAUGGAAAAUUUUAUUCUACCCCUUACUCAAACUGACUGGAAUGAACCAAUCAGUGAUCAGAAAAAAGUAUCCGAAAUGUGUCAAGCUGUCAAAUCAGGCAACUGAUCUUUUUGGGGGGUUGACCAUUUAACUUUUGACCAGGGGGACGCGCGGGGAAUGAUUUCAGGCAAAAAUAUCCGGCACACAGAUCAGGGGUCCAUUUCUCAAAGGGCCCGGAAACUUUUUGGGUCCGAAGACAAAUUUUAAAAUCCAGACCUGUUGAAUAGGUAGCACAGUUGCUAGCCCACAAACCGUCAAUUGUGCCUCGUUAAGUGAUAGAGUUUCAUUGUGUUAUUUUCAAAAUUAUUGAAACUUUGAUCUCGAAUGCAAACACAACAAACACAAAACAGUUUCCCUCAAAUGUUCAAUUGACAGCCCUUAAAAAUGCAAAAGCUUGUUAGUUGUAUCAAGCGCGGGAAAAUGUCGGGCGGGAAAAAUACCAUUGUUUAGGAAGGAGGAGAGGGGGGACGCGGAUUUUUAAUCACUCUUUCUGGCUUUUGAGCACCAAAUGGACCAACAAAUGUGUGUUUGUGUGCCCGAAAUUAUAAGAAAUUGUAGUAUUUUAAUUUCUUUUUAGGUAGGAAAAGAGAGGUUGGAAUUGUUUUAGCAAAACUUUAGGACUGCUUUAGUCGUUGACAGGGCUUUGUAUAUUUGCAUGGAGAUCUGUUAAGGGGAAUAUGGCUAAAAAAAAUUUUGCAUGAAUUGAAUUCCAAAAGUAUUAUAAUGGUCCAGUUUUCUUAGUUAAGACUAUAUUUAGGCAUUGAAACUGUUUCCUGUUGUCUGUUGCCUCGGAUGGCAAGGAUGAACACAUGGAUUGAGACUUGAAAAAGUUGGCCCAACCUCAAGUUCUAAUACUAUUCCUGCAAAAUAUCACCCAAAAAAUUAUGACGGUUAGUGCUCCCUGAUGAAAUUUAUUUGAUAUCUAUUUCAUAACUCUACCGGAGCAUUUUUUGUAUGGGUAAACGCAUUAAGCAAUGACUUUAGCACUUCAGCACAGAAUUGGCCAAAAACAUGCAGCCAUAUCAUCGUGAGAUAGCCCCUUUUAAGUCACAAACAGGUUUUCAGGUUUUCCAUUCUUUCUCCAUGUGGACUGAUCAUGAGACCCUAAGCAACUUCAGAAAAAUGCCUUUAUGCUGCUAACUGUUUGCUUUUGGACUUGAUUACGACAGGAUCAGUGGGCAAAUCUGCUGACUCAACAUUCUUAAGUGCCAGCGUUGACGAUCCCGACGAUGCUUUUGUGGGUUUUACUUACGUGGCUCCAAUGGAGGAAGUGCUACACGAAUGAGAGGCUUCAGCGAGAGAUAAACAGAUAAAAAAAGUGCUUCUGCUAGUUUGUGUGCUGUUUGAUGAAGUAAAGAUUUAUUUAGAGACUGAAAUAUUGCCUGUGCUGUUGAGUCAUGGAGAUCACAGGACUUAUUACACCCGCCACGAAGGUCGAGGGCACGAUGUUUGGAUUCCUUAGCACUCCUCUUUGGUUGACGGAGCUUUCACUGUCUUACAGUGACCGGUUGUUUCCUCUGGAUCGUCUUUUUUGCAAGCGAAACAGCUUCUUGGUAACUACGGGGAAAGUUUUCGCACAGUCUCCCCUUAAAUUUAUGGCGAAACACUUCGAGUAUGCAACGGGUAGCUGGCUGGUCGCGUGGUUUGGUGUGGCAUGCGCAUUGGGUGGUGUGUCAUAGUAUUUAAACGUUAUUACAGUAAAUCUAACUUAACAAAGAAGUAAAACUAGUUUGGUCAGAUUUCCAAUUGUCGCGUAAGAUGAAAAGGCGCGAUUUUUUUCGAUGGGGAGUUUAACUUACCAAACUUAAGAGUACACGGACACAUCUCUAUUACGGUAGUAGAUAAAACGAACAGUCCUUUCGAUCCAAAGAGGUUGCAUUUUGUACAAUCGCCAUGUUUAUUAUAUGGCCGGCCUCCCGAGCGCGGGCAAAAGAUGAAGCGAAUCCUGCGUUCUGAUUGGCUACCCGUGCGGGUACUCGGGAUUGCCCGUUUUGUUCUUGCGAAAAUAUAUUUUCUUUUGGUCUUAUAACACUGAAAUCCUUUAUUAACCAAGCUUGUUCGGUCAAGAUUGCUUGACCUCAAGCUUGGUCAAUAACGCGUAUAAUAGUAAACACCCUCAUUAGACCUGACCCUUUUGUCCGAUUUAUAGAGUUUUGACUUUAGUGUCUUUGGAUAAAACUACGGUUGUACCAUAACUUGAACAUGGAUAACUUGAACUUUCUCGACAAACUUCUAGAAAGAGGCUUAGUUGAGGAAAGGCAGGCCAGAAGAAUCUUUAUCUUAAAACUUUUAUUUCCUGGGCUCGAAACUUGGCAAAAGAGCCUAAAAUUACCUUUCUGAAGUCACUUAAGCUACAAUACUCGUCGCAUUUGUUGAAACACGUGACGUUACGCCCUCCCCAAUGUUGAUUCACAUAUCACCCAUUUGCAAAUAUACGCGAAUCUCAACAUUGGGGAAGGAGAGAAGAGCUACACUCGGGGAAAAGUAAGAUAAGUUGGUUGAGAAGGCGUAAAAUGAAAAAUCCUCACUUUCAGUGUAGUGUUUCAACGAAAUUUGACAAGUAUUGUGGGUGUGGCAUACUUUUUCCGAAACGAACCAAAAUGAUUACGGAAUUAUGUCCUUGCAUCUCUGUUGCUGGCCAUUGUAACUACAAGUUGAAUUGAGUAAAAAAGGACGAGUCCAGACAUUCAAAUUGAUUGAAAAAGUAUCCUUUAGGUUUAAUUUAUUGGCACUUACAUGCUAGGGCUCUUCAAAUUUGUCCAUUAGAGAUUGUAAAAAGUUGUCAUUAUUUAUGUAUUAGCUUAUUAUUGUACUUCGGCACUUAGGUUUUAGGUAUAAAGACGUUGAAAUUAACAACGUCGAUUCAGUACUUCCAUUUACUUAAGGAAGACUUGAGGAGGGGGAAAAAUCCAAGUUUUUCCUCUUUCCUUAAUAUUUUAAAUUCAGAGAACUUUCGUCCAUGCUUCGCUACCUCUUUCCUAUUGUGCCGGUGUUUUGUGGAAAAUAUCCCAUGGUUAAAGCUUGAUCCAGCCUUUUCGUGUUGUCUUGCAAAUGCCGUUAGCUUACUGUAAAACGGUUGGUAAUUAUGAGCACGGAUUGGCUGAGUAGAAUCACCUGGUGCAGUCCUCUCUACUCCUGCGGUGACAGAUCGAGACCUUAAAGCUAAAGGGGGUUAGCUCCCGCUUUCUAGUCGAAACGAAUUAUCUCAGUUGUUGAGCCAUACGGGCCUCGGAACUGGUCCAAAAAUAGGGGAUCCCCCCACCCCGUCCUCUCUCGGGUUCUGAGAUCCGCCACUGACGAAUUUUUUUCCAUGGACACGCACUCGUUGUCUUUCAUUUGCUUGGUUAGCUGACACACUUGAUUGAUUAGCUCUUCUAGUACACUUAGCUACACUUUUUACACUGAAAGAGUUUCCAUAGUACUUAACUAGCCUUCUUUUAGGCUAUGAGAGUGAAGUUUUAGUGAUCACGCUUUGAAUUCCGGUUUUUAUCUGUAUGUGUUAAUGUGCGUGAACGUAAAUAAAAAUUCCUCUAUCCGA